AUGACCACGACGCAACAGACAGAACCGCCGAAGCUAAUACUUGAUGGGAUUGGAGUUGACUCUGAUCCAUAUUUUGUAUUAUGGUUUGAUACUAAUACAGAAAAAUUUAAACAAGAAACACUUGAUAAAACGAAAAUGUGUCGAAUUUAUGAUUAUCUACACAUUUUCAGUCAAUCGGAAGCUCUUGAACAAUUUAUUAACAAAGCACAUGAGAAAAAGUUAUUUCUGAUGACAAGUGUCGACAUUGGCAGAUUAUUAUUGCCAAAUUUACACUUUUAUCAUCAAUUGUACGCUGUGUACUUAUAUGAUCAAACAACAUUAUCAACAAAUCAAGAAUGGAUGCAAACAUAUUACAAGGUAAGAGGAAUUUACAACGAUGAAAAUGAAUUGUUGAUAAUAUUAUCUAAACAUUUACGAGUGUACAUUCAGUUGAGUCAUUCAGAAUUAUUAACGCCAAUAUUUUCACAUUUAUCCUCCGAAAAGUCCACACAUUCUAUUACAAUGUCUGGAGCUAUGUGGAAAUCUUCCAUAAAUUUCCCGUUGUUUCUUGAUUCCAUGUUGACAAUACCUCGCAAUGAUGGGGAUAAAAAACGAUUCGUAGAUGAAUGCAAAUUUUACUAUAGAAAUGAUAAAACAAUACUAAAUGCCGUCAAUGAAUUUGAUCGUAAUUAUGUCGCUGAACACGCCAUAUGGUGGUAUACAAGAGAUAGUUUCCUCUAUCGAAUUCUUAAUAAAGCGUUUCGACAACAGAUCGAAGAUAUUAUUUGUCUAAUGCAUUUUUUCAUUGUCGAUUUAUGUAAACAGUUGAAACAUGAAUUUGCAAUUCAAUCGCGAGAAAACUUCUCGGUCUUAUAUCGUGGACAAUUAAUAUUGAAAGAUGAAAUUGAAAAACUAUAUCGUGAAAGACACUCGAUUGAUAUCAUUAUUAUUAAUUCAUUUUGUUCUGCAACUGAUGAUCGUGAUAUGGCAUUGAUAUUUUCGGGAGCUGGAUGUUAUUCUUCAACGAAUGAUAUUCAAUCAGUACUUUUGGAAAUUACUGUUGAUCAAAUGGAAUCGGAAAAGCCAUUUGCCAAAAUUCGACAUUUGAGUUCAAAUUCAGAUGAAGAUGAAACAUUAUUUACUGCAGGUUCCAGAUUUCAAGUUAGUGAUAUCACAUAUAGUAUUGAAGAACAAGUUUGGAUUGUAAAACUUCGACAUGAACAUAUUUUCGAUAUAGUUUCUACUCAUUAUCAUCAUUACAAUUUAUUGAAAGCUCGAUCUAUUGAUGUCUCACUGAUUAAACUCAAUUUUUUCUUACAGAAAAUGGCCAUUACUAACAAUUGUAACUCGCCACUUUCGAAUCUUCGAAAUGUGAACCAAGUAAUCGACAAUACUUUCAAUCGAUUAUUAGAUAUUUUAAACUGUCUUCCUCCCGAAAGUUACUUCAAAUCUGACUAUGACUCUUUAUAUCCGACAGAUUUUCAAUUGAAAAUUAUAUUGAAAAAAUUAACAUGUAAUUAUCAAUCAUCACCAUAUGCGUUUGAAAAUUCCUUUGGCCGUUUAUUAUUGUAUGAUGCUCUUGGAAUAUCACUGAUACUUAUUGGUGAAACAGCUGAAGCCUUGCACUGGCUCAAUGAAGCAGCAGAAUUACAGUUAAACAUGAACUUCAUCGACGAUGAAGCUUCGUUUAUACGUUCUUUUAAUACAGCUUGUAUUCACAGAAAAAUGGGGAACUAUGUAGCAGCGUGGAAUUUAUGUAAAAACAUGUUAAAGCGUGAUCCUCAACCUUUUGACAUAUAUGCUCAAAUUGCUCAAGAUGAUGUACGGUUUAUUGAUCAAAGUGCACAGGAUUUACCGGAAUAUAUCGAUGAAAUCAUAGAAGGUUACAGAAGAAUCAGCUGGGACGAUGAAAAUGCAGUCAACUAUCUUGAAAAGAUAGUUUCUAUUUUAAUGACAUAUCGACCUAAUAAUAAAUAUGGCAUUCGUGUAACCUACGAAGCUAUUGUAAAAGAAUAUGAAAAACAAAUGAAUUACUGCUCAGCAAUCGAAUGGUCGAAGAAACUUGUACAAAUCAAUAAAGAGAAUGAAGCGAUUCACACAUAUUUAGAAAUUGGAAGAUUCUAUGGAGAACUCAACGAAUUCCAAACAGCAUUCGAAUACCUGGAAAAAUCGUUAGAUUUAUGUGUCAAAAUAGAUAAUGAAGGUACUUCGAAUAAAAAUCGGAUUAUCUGUAAUCAAUAUUUCGCAGAUAUGUAUUUGAAAAAAGGAAAUUUUGAUGAAUCUAUUGAAUGGAUUGAGAAGGCAUUGAUACAAUUGAUUAAAACAAGGAAAAAUACCAUCAUGCCAUGGCAUCUUUCGACGAUAGAUCGUCAAAUUGAUAAACUACGAGAAAAGAUUCUACAAAUUUCCUGUCAACAAGUAACACCGAAAACAAUGGAAAAAGUCAACGAUUUACUAUCAUUAAUAACAACUUCAUAUAUGAAACACUCAGUCACUUGA